AAUCAACCCGGCUUUCGAGCACGAGAGGUUCUUUAUCUGACGAGUCUCUCUUUUCAGCUGUUAGGAUACCAUGCAUAGUUUUUGAUUAUAAAACAUAUCGUUUCCUGUGCCAUUUCCUUCUUUCUGUACUUCCAAGUGAACCUUGCAGCACAGCACAUUGAUAGGCGCCCGUUGUAAUAGGCUCUGGCCAAAUUAUUCAUUGCUGAGGAUACUAUACGCUGUGCUCUGUGCUCUCCGAGGAAAUUAGAGCACCGGUCUGCCACAUACAGUCCGGGAUAACGUCGGUUCCACGUCGUAGUCCAAUAUGUUUGACGAGUACGUUGAGCAUACUUCUGCUCCAAAUGCUGUUCUGUCUCAUGGAGGCCAUUCAAUGCCCCAGGUUGAAUAUGAGGGCUUUGAACCAUCUCCAUACGAGCAAGAGGAUCGCCAGAUGGAUGACUUUGGGCCUCAGACAGACAUUCAAAUAGACACCUCCCCGCUGUUUGCGCUAGAACGCGUUCAAUAUACUCCUCCGGCGGCCAUCGCUGCGCUUGCCGUUUCUUCCGAUGUCCUCGUCAUGGGUUUGGUCAACAAUGUCCUGGUCCUCAUUGAACUUUCGAGGGAGGAGCAAGUUCUCCAGAUACCCAUUCCACGGAAACCGAGCGAGUUCAACAUCCAUAAAAUAUUCCUGGAUCCAUUGGGACGGCAUCUCAUAGUCACGUCUACUCAGGGCGAGAACUGGUAUCUGUACCGAGGAUGGAAAAAGCCACGAUUGCUUAAAUCAUUCAAGAUGAUCAUUGAGAGUGUGGCAUGGAACAAGGCUGCACUCAUCUCAUCGUCGCGCUCAACGUCGACUAGAGAGAUGCUCAUUGGUGCUAGGAAUGGCACCGUGUAUGAAGCAAUGUUGGACGCGGAGGAGGAUUUCUUCAAGUCUCAAGAGCGAUAUCUUCAAAAUGUCUUCGCACUUCCGGAACGACAACCAAUAACGGGCAUUGAUUUCAACUUCUUCCCACCCACCGACCCCAAGCGAGCUUUGGUCGUAGUGACUACGCCAUCUCGUAUAUACCAAUUCGUCGGCUCUCCUGAUAGACGUUCGGAAGACGGAGGUCGUAUCUUUCCCAGUCUUUUUGCGAGCUAUCGCGAUACCGCGCCAAAGAUUUUGGAGCUUCCAGGGAAUAUUGAUCACUCGGAAUUACAUGUGUAUUCUCCAAACGCAGACCAGGCUCAUUCCCUUCCUAAAAGUAUAGCUUGGAUGACUGCACCCGGUAUCUACCAUGGCACUCUAAACUUUGACUCGCCAUCGGACGACUUGAUUGACAGUGCAGAACUUCUCCCAUACCCUGUCUUCCCAUCGUCACCUAGCCUAUCGCCGACACGAAGAACUCCCGAGCUUGGAGCUCCCCCAGCGUCGAUGUCGCUUACGGAGUUCCAUUUCGUGCUACUCUACAAGGACCGUGUUGUCGCAUUAUCAAACUUGAAUGAACAGUUAACAUACGACGAGGUCCUGCCAUUGAAACCGUCAGAAACCAUACGUGGUCUCACAUCUGAUCCCAUACGAAAGACGUACUGGGUGUAUACUGAUCAGUCUCUUUUCGAACUCGGAGUGCGCAACGAAGACCGGGAUGUCUGGAAGGUAUAUCUGGAGAAGGGCAAGUACGAUCUUGCUCUCCAACAUGCUAAGACGGCAAGUCAGCGCGACGUGGUGACUGCCUCACAAGCGCGAGCUUUCUUCGACGAGGGUCGGUACUUCCAAGCUGCCCAUGCAUUCGCACAGUGUUCUGUGACUUUCGAAGACGUGACGCUCAAGUUUCUGGACGUCGGUCAACGAGAUGCCCUCAGAUCAUACCUAAUCUCUCGUCUUGAGCGGACGAAGCGCGGCGAUUUAUCACAGCGCAUAAUGCUCGCAACCUGGCUAGUUGAAUUUUAUCUCAGCAAAUGCAACGAACUGGAUGACCUGGUUGCGUCUGAAUCCGCAUCUCAUGAUGUAGCCAACCUCCAGGCUGAGCGUACCAUGGUCGAGGAUGACUUGCGGCAUUUCUUCGAGACAUACAAGGCAAAUCUUGACCCGAAUACGGUGUACGAGCUGAUACAAGGCCAUGGUCGGACUGAAAUGUACUUACACUACGCAACGGUCAUUGGCGAUUACAAGCGUGUCGUGGAGCAUUGGAUACUAGAGGAGGAAUGGACGAUGGCUAUCGACGUCCUGAACCGCCAAUCAGAUCUGGAGUUAUACUAUCGCUUUGCACCUACCCUAAUGCGACAAGCACCGAAGGAAACGGUAGAUUCAUGGCUACGCCAACAAUCGCUCGAUCCCUUACGUCUGGUACCCGCGUUGCUGCGGUUGCAGCAUGUCCCUCGAGAUCCGCUCUCUCCCAAUCAAGCUAUUCGGUACCUCAACCAUGUGAUCUUUGAGCAAGGAAACACGUCUCCCACUAUUCAUAACCUCAUCAUCACGUUUUAUGCUUCUUCACCAUCUCUCCAGCCUUCCACCUCUUCCGGACAUCCAGAGGACGAUGGUCCUCUCCUACGCUUUCUCUCUACUGCACCUUCUGAUCCGCUCACCGGAAAGCCAUACUAUGACCUGGACUAUGCGUUGCGGCUUUGCAAACAGACUGGGCGAACACAGCCAUGCGUACACAUAUAUGCAAAGAUGGGAUUGUGGGAGAGUAGUGUGGAUCUGGCGUUAGAGAAGGGCGACCUUGAACUGGCGAAGAUAAAUGCGGAUAUGCCACCUGAGGAAGAUCGUCAAUUAAGGAAACGGCUAUGGCUCAAGAUUGCGAAAUAUGUGGUGCAAGACAAGCAGGACAUCAAAGCCGCUAUGCGUUUCUUGGAGAACACCGACUUGCUCAAAAUCGAAGACAUACUACCGUUCUUCCCGGACUUUGUGGUCAUAGACGAUUUCAAAGAGGAAAUCUGUACUGCGCUGGAAGGCUACUCUGCUCAUAUCGACGCACUUAAGGCUGAAAUGGACGAAGCCACACGAAAUGCCGAGGCUAUCAAACAGGACAUAGCAGGACUCAAGAAGCGUUUCAUCACAAUUGACGCAGGAGAGAUGUGCUCUGUGUGCGGACUUGUUCUCCUGUCACGACAAUUCUAUGUCUUCCCAUGUCACCAUACAUUCCAUGCAGAUUGCUUGAUCGGUUUGACUAAGGAAUAUUUGCCCGCGUUCUCACUUCGCAAAAUCAUCAAUCUGCAGAGCGAGCUUGUCAAGAUUACGCAGCAGACACCUCUCGAUCGGAAUGCCAUAGCAAAUCCUUCUCUUCAUACGCCACCUCCAUCAAGACAACCUACAACCCAAAGGACUCUGUUGUCCGCGACAUUUGCACCCGCGCAAAAUGGUGCACGCGCAGCAAACUCGCUAGGUCGUAACAUCCUUUCAGCCGGGGAUCGUCUGCGGGAUCUGAUCGUACCAGACGCAUUGGCUAGUGUAGUCACUGCACCCGCUGGGUGGAUACCUGGUAUAGGUGGAGGCGGACGUCGACAAGGAGAGAAAGGUGGGGAGAAGCGGAUGGAGAAAUUGAGGAGAGAGCUGGAAGAUGUACUCACCGCUAGUUGUCCGCUUUGUGAGAGUGUCGUUGCUGGCGUGGACGCGCCGUUCGUCAAGGAAGGGGAGGUAGAUACGAGUUGGGCUUUGUGAUAUGAUAUGCGUAUCUUUUUAUUCACGAAUAAUGGACUGGACUCCAAUCAUACAUGGUUGCAAUUAUUUCAGUUUUCGACCGUUAUUCUUCUCUCAUGACUACGCUGGAGAAGCUUUGAAGUUUGUUUCUGAAAUGCCAUGUAGAACGAGCUCGAGCUCGUUACACCUAAAGAGAGCGCCACUUAAGAGUUUCAACGAUUUCGUAUUUCGUUUCAAAACUGCAUAAAUAAUUUCAGAGAGACAAAUACAACACGAGAGUAAUCAUCCUAGGUAUCUAUUACUUGCGUAAAAUUGCAUAUUCUCAGGCUUAAGAAAAAUCAAAAACAAAA